CCCAACACUUUUACAACCAUUGAGAAGUUGACUUUUGUGUGAGUGCUGGAGCAGCAGAAAUUGAUUAAAAAUUUAGUGACACGAAGAAAUAAUUAAGUUAAGAGUAAAAAUUUGUGUUAAAAAUUAUAAGAAUAAUGUAAAAAAUUUAAAUAAUACUUAAUAGUCGAGUUAUUAAGGAUAAAAUAACGCAUACAAAGAAAACGAAAAAUUUACAAGAUUUACAUGAAAACAGCAAGUGCCACUCCUUUUGUGUAUGUGUGAGUGUAACAAGAAAAAAAAGAAUAAUUAAUAUAAAGGAACGCAAAAAUUCCAGAGAAAAUUUAAUUUAAAUCUCCUCCUAGGAGGUUUAAUACACAGCAGGUAGAGAGAAAGAGAUAAAGAAAGAUUAUUAAAAAGAGAACAACAACAAAGAAAAUAUGUAAUUUAAAUGUAAUUGAAUAUAUUUCAAAGAAAAGUGCAUUUAAUUAAAACUAGACAAAAACACGUUGAAGUAAAAUAAAAAUAUUAAAAUUUGGAAUAUUAAAAAUAUUAAACCAUAAUUUAAUGAUUUUUCAUAAAAAGUAUGAUAACAAAAGCGCUGAGUAGUUAAAAAACAAAAAACAGUAAGAGGGGAGUUCAAAAGUCGCGUCCACCAGCAAUAAUACAAGUCCGUCGUUGUAGUACAUUAUUAUAGUAGCAGUCGUGUGGUAUUAAUUCGCCUGUGUAGUGUGUUGGUGUUUUAUCGUUGCUACGUUUUUCUUGCUUUUUUCCAUUAUUACGAAUAGUAAGGAGGAAAACGAAAAUUUAAACUAAAAAAAAUAAAGUUGUAUGAAUAUUGUGUUGUCGCUGCUGGUUGUUAGCGGCGUACUAAACUUGCAUGACUCACUCGAAACAUGCAGCAGCAGUAGUAAAAACGGCAGCAAGAGGGAAUCAAAUAUCAAGAGCAUUCAUUUGCAUGGACUAGAUAUUGUUAUUGUGAAAACUAGCAGUAAUUAUCUUAAUAUUAAUUGAAUCAAAAAGAAAACUCUUUUUCGUUUAGGAGAAAGAAAAGUAACACCUAUUCAAAAAUGACUAGUUUUACUGGCAUCAAAGGUUGGUUUAAGAAAAAGGAACCUAUUUCGGAAAUAGGUAAUCCAACCAACUUUCAGCGACAUUUUCAUGUCUCUCGGAAUGAAGAGACCGGGGUGCUAGAGGGUCUGCCCGCACCCUGGCUAAGGCUAAUGAAUUAUCAGAUAUCUAAAGAUGAACAGAGUAAGAAUCCUGAUGCUGCCUACCAUGCUGUCAAAUUUUAUAACUAUUCCAUUAAGAAGAAAGAAAAUGAAGCUAUUUUCAAGCCCUUCAUUACCGAAGAAGCCAUCCAUGAAGAAUCCAAGGAAAUUGACAACUAUGUCAACUAUAAAAACAAACACAAGUCUCAGGACUUGGACAGUGCCGAAGAUGAGCGCUCGAGCGAGGGAAGUGCCACAACUAGCGGUAGCAGCACUUGCGGCAGUAGUAGCAAUAAUAGUUUUAAUGACCAGCAACAUGCCUCGGUGGGUUUACAGGGACUCAAUGAUGUUAUUAAAGAGUUACAGUCCACCUUGGAGAACCAAAGGGAAACACUUAAGCCACAAUUGGAUAUAACGAGUGAAUUACCGCCACCUUUGCCUGCCAAAAAAACACAAACAUUACCGCCCAAACCUCAGAUUAAAGCCAAACCGAAAGGUCUUCCUCCCAGUUUGUCUAAGGGACGCAAUGAUUUAACUACAAUUUCAACAAAUGAAGGUAAUCAUACUAUUAACACCGACACCAUAAUCAUUAAACCGGCACCUGAUACUAGCGCCGAUGGCGAUGGUGAUGAAACUAUUUUAAGACGUUCCAAAGAUAAGCGUGUGCAAAAAACCGAUGCCGAGAUUUAUGAAGAAUUAAGAGCUAUUUGCAAUAUGGAUGAUCCAAGAGAGCGUUACAAAACCACCAUGGAAGUGGGCAAAGGAGCUUCUGGUAUUGUCUUUAUAGCAGCCGAUAAUCAGAAUGAAACUCAGGUGGCUGUAAAAACUAUUGAUUUGAAAAAUCAGUCUUCCAAAGACCUUAUUCUUACCGAAAUAAGAGUUCUUAAAGAUUUCAAUCAUAAAAAUUUAGUAAAUUUCUUGGAUGCUUACUUCUUAGAGCCAGAGGAUCAAUUAUGGGUAAUUAUGGAAUAUAUGGACGGUGGCCCUCUCACAGAUGUGGUAACAGAGACGGUAAUGAAGGAAAGACAAAUAGCUUGUGUUUGCCGUGAAGUUCUUUAUGCUAUAUCUUUUCUACACUCCAAAGGCAUUAUACAUCGUGAUAUCAAGUCCGACAAUGUACUAUUGGGUAUGGAUGGUUCAGUAAAGGUAACAGAUUUCGGUUUUUGUGCCAACAUCGAGGGAGAUGAAAAACGUCAAACCAUGGUGGGUACCCCCUACUGGAUGGCGCCUGAGGUUGUGACCCGCAAGAAAUAUGGCAAAAAGGUAGACAUCUGGUCUAUUGGCAUUAUGGCCAUAGAAAUGAUAGAAGGUCAACCUCCUUACCUACACGAAACGCCACUGAGAGCCCUUUAUCUGAUAGCUGCCAAUGGCAGACCCGAUGUUAAGAGUUGGGACAAACUUAGUCCAAAUCUACAAGACUUCCUCGAUUGCUGUCUCCAGGUGGAGGUAGACAAACGUGCCACAGCCGAUGAAUUAUUAAAACAUCCUUUCCUAGACGACUGCAGUGAGCUUAAGGCCUUAGUGCCCAAUAUUAAGGCUGCCAAGAAAGUGCUUAGAAAGGGCACAUAGAACAGGGUUUGUGUAGGUAUCUAUGUACGUGCCUAGUAGUAAACAACCAUUCUAGCAACCUAAACAAAACAAAAGAAAACAACAUUAAAUCCAAAACAACUAAAGCGCCAGUUCACUCAGCCACAUGUGUGAUUCCAUUGUAAAUAGUAAAAACAAAACUUAUUUUAGACGUAUAACUAUUAGUAUUCUUUAAAUAAAGUACGUACGUUCUCGCACAAAUGUAUGGAUUGGUAUGUACGUUUAAUAGAUCAUAUGACAGACAUACAAUUUUGUCAAAGCAACAUAACAAAUAAUAACAAAAACAAUAAACUAAUGAAUGUACGUAAUCCGCAAAAUGCUCUUUUUUUAAAUGUAAAAACACGUUUUUACAUAAAAUUACAUAAAAAAAGUUAACUAACAUUUUGAGGGAACUGAAGUAGUUAGAGUUAAACACCUAAACAACCAACAACAACAUCGAGACACCAUCAUUAUCAUAAUCAAAAAUAACCAAUUAUAUUUGCUGUGAAGUCGCUGGGCGAUUAUAAAUAAACUUAUCUACUACAUACAUGCUACAACUUUUUAAAAAAUAGACUCAACAUGUAAAUUAUGGUUUAAACAAAUAAUGGAACAAACGAAGUCAAUAAUAUGCUGACAA